AUGGCCGAUCACAAACAUCCAAAGUACGGCAAGCUGCCGCUGAGCACCAGUGGCCCGCUCGAGUGCGCCAUCAAGGGCACCGUCCUGCUGAACCACCCGUACUUCAACAAGGGCUCUGCCUUCACAAAGGAGGAGCGGCGUGACUUUGAUCUUGCGGGCUUGCUUCCACAGAGCAUUCAGACCCUGGAGCAGCAGGCGGCUAGGGCGUACCAGCAGUACUCCACCCGGGCAGAUGACCUUGCCAAGAACACGUUUUUGACGUCUAUGAAGGAACAGAAUGAGGUCUUGUACUUCAAGCUCCUGCAAGACCACCUCGACGAGAUGUUCAGCAUUGUGUAUACCCCCACAGAAGGCGAUGCCAUUCAGAACUUCUCUCGCCUCUUCCGGAGACCGGAGGGUUGUUUCCUCAACAUUCAUGACGAGGAGCGUGUAUUUCAUGAUCUUUCACAAUGGGGCCGACCGGAGGAUAUUGACUACAUCGUCGUGACUGACGGUGAGGAGAUCCUCGGCAUCGGGGAUCAAGGAGCGGGCGGCAUCCUGAUCUCCGUGGCAAAGCUUGUGCUCACGACGCUGUGCGCUGGCAUACAUCCCAAUCGCACAUUACCCGUCAUACUAGAUUGCGGCACCGACAACGAGGAGCUGCUUAAUGAUGAACUUUAUCUUGGCCUGCGGGAGAAGAGAGUGCAGGGCGAGAAGUACGACAGGUUCGUCGACAGAUUCGUCAAGGCUGCCCGGGAGCUAUAUCCCAAUGCUUACAUUCACUUUGAGGACUUUGGUCUUACCAAUGCGAGGCGACUCCUCGAUAGAUAUCGACCAGAGAUCCCCUGCUUCAACGACGAUGUGCAGGGCACCGGCUGUGUCACGCUUGCGGCCAUCAUGGCUGGUCUGCACGUCAGCAAGCAGAAACUCAGCGACCUGCGCAUGGUUGUCUUUGGCGCGGGCACUGCUGGCGUCGGCAUCGCAGAUCAGGUCAGAGAUGCGAUAGCGGCAGAGAGGAACAUCAGCAAGGAGGAUGCGGCAAAGCAGAUCUGGCUCAUUGACAAGCCCGGCUUACUCACCACAGCCACGGAGCUGAAUGACGCACAGGAGCGAUUCGCGAAGUCAAAGGAGGACUGGGAUGGGAAGUCUACCGACCUGCUCGGCGUCAUCAAGGAGAUCCACCCGAACGUCCUCAUCGGCACCUCUACUGUCCCAAAGUCAUUCAAAGAGGACAUCGUGCGAGAGAUGGCUAAGCAUGUCGACCGGCCGAUCAUCCUGCCGCUGUCCAACCCUACGCGUUUGCAUGAAGCUGUGCCGUCUGACCUGCUUCAGUGGACGGAUGGACGAGCAUUAGUGGCCACCGGAAGCCCGUUCAAACCAGUCAAGGGUCCAUGGGGCAAGGAUGGCAAGGAAGUGGAGAUCGAAGUCGCAGAGUGCAACAACUCUGUUGUCUUUCCGGGCAUUGGGCUAGGCUCUGUACUCUGUCGCGCCAACCGAGUGACGGACAAGAUGCUCGUAGCGGCCGUUGAGGCUGUUGCUGAUAUGUCGCCCGCGCUCAAAGAUCCCACUGCACCGCUCCUGCCCGGCGUCGAUGUCGUCCGCAAGGUCAGCGUCAACGUUGCCAGGAAGGUGAUCCGAGCCGCACAGAAGGAGGGCGUGGUAGAGUACAAGGAGGAGAUUCCCGGAGACGAUGCAGAGCUGGAGGACUGGAUCCGCGAGCAGAUGUGGGAUCCCGUCUAUCGUCCGCUGAAGCUCGUUGAUAUGCAGGGCGCCAGCCGCCUGGCCAGGGGCGAGAUGAGAGUCGUAGGCAGUCUUGGGAGGACUGAAGACAAGUAA